UAUGAUGUCUCCACACAAGAAUGUGAGCUCUACCCCCAAGAAGCCUUUGUCGCCCGCAUUUUUUUUGUCCCCCGUACCAAUGACCUCUAGCCCACACCGGAGUGUGUGUAAAAAGAGGGCAAGAAUGUGCACGCCGAGGAAGACACGUACAUCGACUGCCAAAAAAACAGGAAAGGUGGCAGUUUUCAAUAUGCUGGUAAAUAAAAUAUCUAAAUUAUGUAAACUUUCCUUCCCGCGAAUUGUAAUAGCCCAUUUUUGCUAUAAAUCGGUUUAGAAAUGCAUUUAACUAAAUAUUUCCACUUUAAAUACAAGUUAUAUGGGUAAAACUAAUGAUUAUGGCUGAACACAAUUGUUAAUUGUUGCCAAGCCUUUUCCUUGUUAUUCUAUAUUUUGUAACUUCUAGGAUGCACAGAGGCAAGGCCCCAAAAAACAGCGUACAGGUGAUGUGGCUAGGGCGGCGCAAAUGUUAAUUAAUGGCCAGCAUGCGUCUGCAUUAAGGCUGCUAAUACGAGCCAGCAAAGCAUUUAGACGUUCGCUGAACAACAUUGUUGAACAAGUCGUACGAAAGGAAGUAAAGGAAUUGUGUUCUCCCACUACAACAUCAGUGUGGAGGUCAGACAGGGGGAAUAUGUACACGCAACUCGCGUCGUUUACAUUCGAAAAGGCAUUGCGUGAGACGGAGGCAAAGGCUCCCGUGCUGUACUCUGCCCUUCGAGGUGCGUGCACGGACAGUAAGGGAGCCAAGCACCUCACUACCGGCAGCAAGGCUACUACAAGCUCGGUGGUACCAAAUAUGGGUGCCCUUAUUGGGCAGAUCGUGUUUGCCGUAAAAGGUCGCAAGAUGAAACUUUUGCAGCAGAUUGUUGGCUGCGAAAUGUGGCUGGCAGGAUGCCACCGACAGGCAUUCAGUCGUCUAAACCAUCUCGGCAUGUGUAGUAGCAUCUGGGCUGUGACCAAUGUGAUUGACAAGCUGCGUGCUGGGUUUGACUCCGGCAUUCAGCAAAAAGUGAAGGCGUUGACAGACAGCCAAAAAAACAACGUGACACGUCGACAGCUCUUUCAAGAUAGAGAAGGCUCCAGUGCAGGAGACAGUCUCGACCUGCCCUGGUUGAACGACUCCCUCUUAAAUGGGGAUACAGACCAUGAUGACACCUUGCCAUGUAAGUAGCUAAUAAAAUGUUGUUUAUAUACUAUAGGUUUCAGCACUUUGCACCUACUUGAUGCUUACUACUAGAAGUUUGAAGAUUGAUGUUUGUCUUCUGUUUAGAUGAUGGAAUAAUUCCGGCCGCUCCGGACGGGUUCACCCUGGUGUUCGAUAAUGUAAAUCAAAAAACGCAUGCCAGAUACUCCUCAAGAGAAAGGGGAAACGUCAUGUUCAACAUGGUGCAGGCCUAUGCUGCGGUGGAUAGAAUUCCCUGCAUGCAUCUAGCCGAUCAUCAGCCUGCACCGGAUGACAUAGAGCGAAUUCCAAUGGAUUCCUUCUUUCCGGAUGCAGAGGACUAUUCUGUGUUGCGGUAAGGGCAAGUGUGUUAUGGCAUAACAUUUUAUUACUUUUUGCCUUCUGAUCUAAUACGCAGUAAUUUUAUGUGAAGCAUUCAGCUGAAACGUAACAAUGAGUUAAUCCACUAAAAGAUUUUCACGAGUAUGUAUCUGGUUAUCUUCAAAAAGUGAAAAAAAUAAUUCUAUUUUUUAUUG